GGGGCGGGGGGCGGGAGGCUUGCCACCUUCAGCCCCCCCAACGAGCGCCCAAGGUGCGCACAUCCUGACCGACUCAGCAGGAAGGUGGAUUUUCUUUGUGUUUAAAGGAAAAAAAUGUCCCCGUGUCUGUAGAGAUGAUUUGCAGUUCAGCCCGGCUGAAGCUGACCGAAUGAGACUAUGGGCUGUGCCUCUGCCAAGCAUGUUGCCACUGUUCAAAAUGAAGAGGAAGCCCAGAAAGGGAAGAACUACCAGAACGGAGAUGUGUUUGGCGACGAGUAUAGGAUCAAACCGGUGGAAGAGGUCAAGUACAUGAAAAAUGGGGCAGAAGAGGAGCAGAAAAUAGCAGCCAGGAACCAAGAAAACUUGGAAAAAAGUGCCAGUUCAAACGUAAGACUUAAAACUAAUAAAGAGAUUCCGGGAUUAGUUCAUCAACCCAGAGCAAACAUGCACAUCUCUGAAAGCCAACAAGAAUUCUUCAGAAUGCUGGACGAGAAAAUUGAAAAGGGUCGAGAUUACUGUUCCGAAGAAGAGGAUAUCACAUAGCACCCAUCCUACCACUGAAACCAGGAGCUACUACUGUGUAAAUAGGUUACACCCCAGUUGAAAUUCUUGCAAAGGUCGGUUCUCUUCAGCGAACAGCACUAUAGCAAAAAGAAGAUCGUUCCAUAUCGUAUGCCCCAUUAAAUUACAGUGUUUCUUAAUGAACUUGCAAAGGAAUAUUGCUAAAAACACACACACACACACACACAAACUGUUCUCGAACUUUCUUUGUUGCUGCUAGUUAAAACUUGUUGCAACUUCUCACUUCUCUUGUGUCCAGGUAUGCAGCAAAAUUCUGCAUUUUCACCUUAAAGAUCCUGUUGGUUUUCCAGAUGCUCUCCAAACGAUUUUCUAUAUAAGAUGAGGUAGUGGUGAACUCAGACAUCCAACUUCUGUCGUAGAACUGUUCUGCUUCUAAGACAAGCAUCUCCUUCCCUCUCUCCUCCCUCUCUGCCUCUCCCGAGCGGUCCAGAGCCUUGCUUCCCACUGCCAGUGCUGCGCUUUGGAGAUGGGAUGGUUGCUGUGGCAAGCCCGGUGUCUCUGCUAAGAAGAGGUAGAGAAGCCAUUACCCGUAAAGAGCAUGUGGGGACGGGACUGCCGGACUGACGUAGGCGCGAGCGGCAGGUGGUUUCCUUGACGAGGUGUCUUCUUCGAGGAUUAAGCUUGCAACAUUAGCUUUGCUCAGAUGCAGCUGGAAGUGUGAUCACAAUCAUUUUGAAUCCCUCUUCCCCACUUUUUUUUCUAAGAAAAUAAACAUUUUACUGUUUUUAUGUA